AUGUACAAAGCUAUUAACUACACCACACUAACCCUGCUACCAAAGAUUGCAAACCCCAAUACUGUAAAGGACUAUAGCCCUAUAAAUUGUUUCACCAUAUUGUACAAGCUGGCUGUAAAGGUUCUUGCUGGGAGAUUACAAAAGAUCAUGAACUAUAUUAUCUCAGAGGCACAAGAAAGUUUCUUCCAUGGGAGAAGGAUUGCUGGUAACAUAAUCCUAGCACAUGAACUAGUUCUAGAAGGAUUGUCUUUCCCAGACAAGUUUAUCAAAUGGUUAAUGACUUAUGUAAGAACACUUAAUCAUACCAUCUUGCUUAAUGGGGAAUCUGUGGAGCCAUUUAAUGAUGCUAAAGGCCUAAGACAAGGAGAUCCAAUCUCUCCUUUCCUAGGUGACACAUCUCCAGUACAAAAACUUCAUGAGUGCUUCACAAUAUUCUCAACAGCUUCUGGACUACAAGAAAACUUAGCUAAGAGUUCCAUAUACUGUGGGGGAAUAGAGAGCAAGUUUAGAGAAGCAAUCUACCAGACUUUGGAUACUCUUAAGGACAACUGUCCUUUAAGUAUCUAG